AUGCUCGCUCUGCAUUUUCGCAGAGCUGUUCACUCUCGCUCGCUCUGCAUUUCGCAGAGCUGUUCACUCUCCUGCCAGCUGAUGCGCCAGUCGUACGGCAGAGAUAAAAUGGCUGCAUCUCUCUGCCUCGCUCUUUCUCUUUUCACUCCCUCCUUCCAAUCCAACAUCACCAACCGCACACACACACACAUUUGCCGUCACCAACAGGCAGCUUCGUACUACUUUCCGACAUAG